AUGUCGUCGACUCAACAUUCUUUCCAGGACUGGAGCUAUUCAUCUAGCUUCCGGGACAUUGACUCAAAGAGCUCUGAGCACUUCAAAGAAUCCCAAUCACAAGAGCACCAAGCUAUUGCUGCUUCCGUCGAUGAGCUUGACGAGUCAACCUACCGCUCACCAUUGCAGCUAUCGGCUAUCGAGACUCUAAAGUAUUUCGAGGAUAGCAAGGUCUUGGACUUGCUGUCCGCCAUUCGUCCGAUACGCCAUGUUCAUAGCCCAUGUCUUGAAGGCCUUUCUGGAGAACAACUUGACGCACUUUCACAUCUGAAACUUUGUCCUGAUAGUCUUGUCUUACUGUGGUUGAGAUACUCUCGAGGAGCGAGAAGUCAAUCUCGGAACCCGCACAUCAGCGGUCUUCCCACACCUCAAAGUGCUGUGACACGUAGCUCAAAAAAUGCGUUACGGCGACCACUAAGGACGACUACGAGACCAUCUUCUGCAUUAUCCGGUUAUUUACCAGCCUACGGCGGCCAGAACUCUCAUAUCACGUCGACAAACUCCCUCGGUUCACAUCGCUUCGUGAAAAAUAACUCACGACAAGUCUUCACUCAAGAAGCUCGUCCAUCACGCGUCACAAAUCCACAACCUUGGAGGUGCGUAAAUAUGUUCUGCGAUACACACCGGAACCUUCAGGUCUAUACCACUUGUGAUGGAUGGAAGAGACACAUGAAAGAACAUGAGACAGACUGGCCUUGCAUGCCGUACGGGCCGUUUGAAACUGCAGGAACUGGCCUGAUCUGUGCGCUUUGUGGUUCAAUGAACCCCAGCGAAAGCCACAUGGCUGACCACUCCAUUGGUGAAUGUGGGGACACAUCCGCUAAGCGUCGCGGCGUUUCAAGAAGGGCCAACCUCGAAGGGCAUCUGCAGCGAUCUCAUGGAGUCUCUGACAAUCGUACUCGCGGUCUUGCUGAUAAAUGGAAAAGAACACUCCGUAAGAAACAUUAUGCAUGUGGAUUCUGCGUCUGUAUCUUCUCUACAAUCCUCGAACAGUUGAACCAUAUCGAUAUGGAUCAUUUCAGGAAAGGUCAACUGAUAAAUGAGUGGAGUGCCACCAAUGUGAUUCGAGGCCUCUUGCUUUCACCGACGGUAGCCAGCUCAUUCCAACAUCUACUUAGCUCAGACCAUUUUGCAAGUGACCGAGAUCUUCAUUGGGAUAGGGAUAUGAUCGAAGACUUACAACGAAGACUGGAGAUGGCAGAGGAUGCGGCAGAGACCCUUGCUUUUGCUGCAUACAGGAUGCUUGCAUUCAAUUUGAGCCGGCAGAACUCCAAUGGGCAGUAUCCCCAAAUGAUCCUCUCGGGUCUAAAUUUCAUCGGCCAAGGCGAGGGGUCAAUGGGUUUCUUCGCUGAUCCAGCCGAGAGCCUGGAAAUGAACAGUAAGCAUCAGAUCGUGGAAGUUGCGCAAGGCUCGGAACAUCCCUGGUCUUUGGAUGGAGACCACAUCGCAGCCCUUAGUACUAGCUGUUUGAGGCCGACAUAUGGGCUGGCAUUGGACCGAAGUGAUGCACCAGAAGCACAAAUUAGCAUGGAGUAUCACGGGGCCUACCCUUUAGCGCCGGGAGGGUUCCCAACCGCCAGCGCUAGCAGUGCGACACGGUCGCAACCCGUUUGUUCACAAAUUCAGAUCCAACCAGCAUCCAGUCUUACCGAGUUUAGCUCCCCGUCGGGAUACGACAGCUCUGGCACAAGUACGCUCUGGCAAGCCACUCCAUCGAUUACACCUAGCCCCUUGCAAUCUGCAGGCGCCGCAGAUAUGCUUGGAGAGCAGUCCAGGACAUACCACGGACCUACUCGCAACACCAAGACGGCUGGGACCCUGCCUUUUGAUCUCGACGAUCGUGCACAGUCGUCCAGCUGGGAAGGAAGCUUAUUUUUCUUCGACACUUGCGAUCCUAGAGAUUUGGUCAAGAGCUCGAGAUAG